AGACAGAGCGGCGAGCGAGCAGGAGCGGGCUGCCCGUCCGUCGGGCUCCGCUGGGGAUCGUGCGUUCGGAGGAGCCGCCGAAGAAGCCGCGCUCCCCGGAGAAACACCUGAUGAGCGACCCUGCCCCUCCCCGCCACAAUCAACGAUUUUUAUUCAUUACUUAAAUCGUUUUUGUUCAUGUACGAUAUUCCACCAAUCUGUGUUUUUUAACUAGUCAUGGCAAACCGACUAAAAUAAAAGCAACAGAGAGGAAACUCAUCCAGGAAAGACUGACCUGGGACGGCAUGUUCUGCCGGCGGUGUGCAGCGCCCCCUGAUGGAUACAGCUAGUCCUGCCAUGAUGGAAGCGGGGAGCUUCCCAGAGGAGGUCCCCACUGCCCCCAAUGCCACCAACUGCUCGGGGUCUCCGGGGGGGGUCUUACAGCCAAAGUCAGCCACAGAGGCCACGCUGGUGGCCGUGUUCCUCGGGAUCCUGACGCUGAUGACCGCCCUGGCCAACGGCGGCGUCAUCGCUGCCAUCAGUACCACCAGAAAACUGCACCUUCCCGCCAACUACCUCAUCUGCUCAUUGGCCGUCACGGACCUGAUGGUGGCGGCCCUGGUGAUGCCCCCCAGCACGCUGUACAUCACGGCGGAGGCCUGGUGGUUGGGCCGCAUCACCUGCGAGGCCUGGCUCAGCAUGGACAUGACCUGCUGCACCUGCUCCAUCCUGCACCUAUGCGCCAUCGCCCUGGAUCGCUACUGGGCCAUCACCGACGCCGUCCAGUAUGCCCGCAAACGGACCGCGCGCCGUGCCGCCGCCACCGUGGCGACCGUCUGGGCCAUCUCCGUGUCCAUCUCCCUGCCGCCGCUGUUCUGGCGGAGCCACCGCGCCUUGGGGGCCGUGCCCAGCAGCGCCACCCAGUGCAUCAUCGAGCACGACCACGUGGGAUACACGCUGUACUCCACCUUCGGGGCUUUCUACAUCCCCAUGGCGAUCAUCCUGGUUCUGUACUAUCGCAUCUACGCGGCCGCUAAGGCACUCUACCAGAAGCGGGGUUCCAUGCGCUACCUGAGUGGACGCAGCACCGACAGCCAGAACUCCUUCGCCUCGGACCCCACACUGGACCUGGACCGGCUCCACGUCACACUCCGCGUGCCGCCCUGCGAGGUCUGCUCCUCCUCCCGGGAGCGCAAGGCCGCCCGCAUACUUGGCCUCAUCCUGGGUGCUUUUGUCCUCUGCUGGCUGCCCUUCUUUGUCAAGGAGCUCCUGGUGGGUCUGCACCUGCUGAGCCCCUCCCCGAAAGUAUCCGACGCCCUCACCUGGCUGGGCUACGUCAACUCUCUCAUCAACCCCCUGCUUUACACCAGCUUCAAUGAGGACUUCAAGCAAGCCUUUAAAAAGCUGUUCAGGUGCAAAGACCACACACAAACCAUGCACAGACCACGCGCAGCCCACUCGUAGACCACAUGUAGACCGCAAAGAGCCACGCCUUAGGACAGGACCAGUCACAUUCUGUAAAGUGUUCUCAUCUGCCAGCUCAUGUUUUUUCUUUGUCUUUCCCAACAAAAUUAUCGACAAAAUUCAUAAGCUGAUAUACGUUCAUCUCCAGAAAGGCAGUGUUGAGGAGAGGCAGGAAAUCACGUACAAGAACAGCUGUAAAAAUGAAUACACAGGUAUACCAGGCAGGUUCAAGAGAGGUUACAAGCGGGAGAGAAACUGUACAGGAAUCAUGCUGCUUUUUUACACCUGAUAUUUCCAAAAGACAUAAACCUUAAAACCAAAAAUGGGAAGAGCUGUUAAUCUACAGUAAAUGGGGCAGCACAGCUUUAUGGAACUGUAUUCCAUUUUGUUUCCUUAUUAAAGUAUUACCACACAUUGGAGAACGCGGAGUAAACUCACCUAUGUUCCUAUUAUUGCUGUUUUCGUUUUGGUAGCUUAAUCAGUAUGUUGAUCCAAAGGGAAUGAAACUUUUAACUAUUAGCCUAUUAGCCUAUUAGCCGCGACACCAGCUGCAGUCCUGCUGUCCUGAGACGUUACCGGAAAGUUCAAAAGUGGUGAUUUGAGAUUUAAAAAAAAAAAUAUCUGAUUAGACCGUUUCCUAACGAUGCAGCUGCAUAACCCAUUUAAUUUUGCUGGGAAUGAGUGUUUGGAGACACUCAAAUGAAACCUGAUUUGUCUCAGAUCUGAGCUUCCUACAAGAAUUUACUCCAUGUAAUGAACCAUCAAGCUGUUCUAGGCACAAAUAUGCUGUUUAUCUAUGAGCCAGUAAUUCGCUGAGGAUUCAGAUUGAAAUGCGAAAUGUUUAUAAGUUAUAGAGACGAGAGACACCCAUUAAACACGCCUCGCUUGCUAAAUAGCUAGAAACUCGGCCAUGUUUUAGGAUUCAGCGUGUUCACUGAAUAUGUGUUUUAAAAUGAUGCAGCUCCGUGUCUGUUCGUGUCAUUUCAUCUACCUAUAUGUCCUGUUGAGCUGCAAGUCAGAGACAUUGCUGGCAAUAAUGUAAGGCUUGUCUCCUUCAGGGUUCGACCUAACGGUAAAAUGCAUGUGUAAGUAUAUCAGUAAUAGCAUAGUUACCUUCUAACUCAACUAAAGGAUUUUGUAUACAAAAAAAAAAUACUUAUCCCAACUGAGGAAGUACAUAAGUUAUUAAAAGUCUUUUCGGUUCGCAAUCAUAAUAAUAGUGACAUAUGUGCUUCUGCAGUGUAUUUUCAGAUACAGUGCCUUGAAAAAGUAUUCAGACCCGACAUUGUCCAUUACAAUAUAUGUACAAAUUAAUUUAUAUUAAUAAAAUACUUUUUAAGAAAAAUGUUUUUCUACAUAUAUGCUGAUAUUGCUGAAACUUAAAAGGAACUUAAGAGGAAAAAAAUGAAACAUGGUUCAGUGCAGAUGGUAGACAGGAGGAAAUGUGCUUCUAGACAUGGAAGGUACAGGGAACAUCCAGGAGAGUUGGGUCAUUUGUGUGUAAUAUGUUGACUGCUUAUAAAUCCUGGUCCUUCGAUUCAGUAUUUAUCUUCAUUAGCGCUCAGAGCUGCAAAGUCCCCCAGCUUUGCCUACUGGUUUGGUACAAAUUCUUAAACUCCACUUGGCAAAUAUAGCCACUUUCCAGAAAAAGAUGGUUUCUAGACAACAUGUUAGUAGGAUUCAAGUCAACAAGCUGACUGGACCAUUAAAGGGUAUUUACUUUCUUGCUUUUAAGCCAUUCAAGUGAAAUCGCUUUCCUGUAACAGCCAACAGUUUCCCAUUUUGAAAUCAAGGGCUCAAUCAAUGAUAGCUGCGGUUUCCAAAGCAACAGAGGCCAGGUGAUAUCAAAAUGCCUUAUUAGUGGAAAUCUGCCAAACACAACAAGGGAUGCGUUUCUGUCACCUGUUACCCGAAUGCAGACAGUGCAUGCAACAUAUCGAAGGACUUCCACUCAGAUAUACAUAUUUGCCAGGUACGUACCAUACUACCGAAGGGGUUAAAGAUCCACACAAUUCAAUUAACAAUUCACUUAGCACUCAAUUCAUUUUAAAUUAAUCAAUUGCUUGAGUUUCAAGGACUUGCAAAGCGAAUCACUGCCAGGUCUGUAUUCAGUCACAGCAGGUGGCACUGCCGUGUCUGUCACGUACGACCGGCUCCUCUCACGUCACUGGGCCGCGCUUCCAUUAGAGGGAUCACAUUCUUCUUGUGCAUCCUGUGGUUCUCCUCACUUCUUAGAGCCAUGAGGGGUUCUCGCUGGUAUCCAGGCAACGCUGGUAAGGCAUCACGACUGCUAAGCUAACAGUGACCUACGUGGUUAUUUUUAAAGGUAAAUAUCCAGACAAAGUAAAGCUCCACUGUUGUCUUAAUUGUGGCAGGAGAACAACAUAACACCACUGUUCUUGAAAAUCUGCUUUGCCAAACACACGUAUGUGGUGGGUUUUACAACAGAUGCUUCAGGCAGACAUGCUACCUGAACUGCUUCAGAAAAUAACUACUUACAUAAAGGUUGUUUGUUCACGUUUCCUUACAGGGUGAGCUUCUUUAGGGUGGCUCAUUUGGUCCAGAUGCUUCGAAAGCAGAUUGUACAUAUAGCUCAGAACAUCAAACUAGGCCGCUUAGCUCUACAAGACACUAGGGAUUCACAAAGGUGACUGCAGCCUUGAAUUAGUCAAUUUAUUUCAUUGCUUAGGUUAUUUUAUUUGACUUAGUGGGUUCUUAAUACUGCAAAAGGAUUCUGGGCUUAUAACUGCACAGGCCUCUGGCUGGAGAUCUGAUCCCACUCUGCACUCAUAUUAUGCUAAUGGUCAUUUUGACUCUUAUCCAUCUUGUAAUAUGAUAGUUAUGGUUCGUUUAUUUAUUUCAGAGUUUUAUUAAAAUUCCCUUUUCACAUCUGGAGUCAU